CAACCGAAGCAAAAUAAAUAAAAAUGGUCGCCUCAAGUUCUCCCUUCUUCCUCGGCUCCUCCGCUCCGCCAUAUAAGAAGCCCCACACCCCCGCGAGAUCACCAGCCAUCACCCAAUCUUAUCCGGGAUAAAAACCCCCAACCAAACCUAUCCGAGAUAAAAAGAUAUUUCACCCAGCGAAGAAGUAGAGAGCGCGAGAGAGAAGGAUAACGAGCGAUGUGCCUGGUGUUCGUGUGCGACGAGGAGGUGAGAGUGCUGGGAACUCAGCAGGCGCCCGGAAACUGCCCGUACUGCGGAGGAGUGGUGAUGGCGACGGACGUGGAGGCCGCUUGGAGGCUCUGCUGCCUUCCUCUCUGUCUCAAGACCAAGAGGAAGUACUCCUGCACUAGUUGUUCCCGCCGUCUCGUCACCUACCCUUAGCUUAGCUUGGAUCCUUCUAAGCCACGCCCAAAAUCCAAACUUUAUUUGCUUCGAUCUUUCCGGUGUUUUUUAAGUUUGUAGACAACUGUUGUUAAUGCUAUCUAGUUGUAGUAAUUGUCAUUAUCUUCCGUUGUUUCUUUCACUGUUCUUGGUAGAGAAGAGAAGCCCAGAUUAUUCCUUGUGGUUUUCGGUUACCUAUCCUUGGAGACAAUUCUAAAAACCUCAACAAAAUCCCAGCUUCCUUCAUGGUUUUAGUUUGGAUACUGGUAUUAUCUAUUACCUCACUGUUUCUAGGAUAAUAGAACAGGGAAACACCCUUUGUCCCCGAGAUUGAUUGCCUGCCAUCAGUCAUAAUCCCCCAAAAUCUUAUCUAAUUUUCUUUGAUCUAGUUAUUUUAGCUCGGCUUAUGUUUAUCUCUGAUCAUUAAGGUGAUCUAGUUGCCGUUUUCUUAGGAUGGUAGAAGAACGAAAUUCAGAGGGGUUGUUUUCUUAGUUACAUAUUUCUAAGUUCUUUCGCAAUCUCGUCUUUCUUUUAUACUUUUUUUUUUUUUCGUUGAAAUUUAGUUUGUACAUACCGUGGAUCUCUCUUUCAGAUGAAAAGGAUAAGGCUGAGAGGACAUCCAAACCGUUCCCUACGUGGACAGAUCAUCUACCUUUACUCUAAUCCUGCUGAAACUAUCAUCUUUUUUCGAAUCUUUGUUGCUGAUCUGUCAUUGUUCAGGAAGAGCCAAAUGUGUAUUGGUGGGGAGGCCAAUUUGGAUGCUUUCUGAUGGAAGGGACGGCGCUUGGGUGGGGAUCUCUCAAUAUGAUUCCUAGCUAAAAGGACUUCGAAAGGGGUCCUCAUCCGCAGUUCUGGGUACUCAAGUUCCUUCACCGGUCUUCCUUUCUGAUGCUAAACCUUUGUAGAACGGUUGGUGUUUCUUGUUCACAUUUUGUUUGGUCUCAAAUGGUGGUUGUACUAGAUGGAAUGGAAUGGAAUGGAAUUGCCAAUAUUUUCUCUCUCUUUA